AUGCGAAUGGACCUUUCAGCCCAAUCCCACAUUGAUCAGAGGAUCAGAGAAAGAGAUAAUGUGAAGGGAGAAUUAUCUAAUCGGAAAAUAAUUUUUACUGCACCCUUACUGAUUGGCUCAGAAGAGGAUAAAGUCCGUGUAGUGAUCAAUACUGGUCUGAACCUCUUCUGGGUGCCAACUCGUAAUUGUGACUACUACAGCAGCUACAAGCGAGACACAAUAUAUGAAAUAGAUCAGUGUGACUUUGCCGGUGUUUACCUUCCCUCCGACCUGUCUUCGUUUAGAAACACUAGUGACGUAUUCCAAUGGUGGUAUACCGGCAAUUAUAAUGGUGCUUGGGGAUACUACGGUACUGAUAAGGUUCAGUAUGGAAAUUACUCAGGAAAUAUAACCUUCGGGAUUGCUAGUGAAGCUGACUAUAUUGGUGAACUUGGAUUAGGUUUCCCAGAUUAUCAGCAUACAUCCCCUAAGUCGACUUUGAACGAGUCCACCUUUUUGGAACAGUUAGUUGAGAAAGGAGACAUAAAAAGUAAUGCGUACUCAUUUCAAUUGGGAAUCAAUAAUGCUUCUGAGGGUACCCUUCUACUUGGUGCUGUUGACCAUAGUAAGUAUAAAGGGAACCUCCAAAAGGUGAAGAUGGUUGACUUGUAUAAUGAUGGCUCAGAUACUAUUCUGAUUCUACUUGAUGGGAUUCUGGGUAAGAACUUCAGUUUCGAAAUGAACGUGGCUGUUAGAAUCAGAAUGGAAGAAGCAACACUGUCUUUCCCACUUGGUUCAUAUGAUGACCUUCUCGAGCAAUUGGAUGUGAUGGAAGAUUUCUCUGGAUAUGAUCUAGUUCCUUGCACCUUCUUGAAUCUGACUGAUCUGAUAUCGUUUUAUUUUAGCGGUAUUGAGAUACAAGUACCGUUAAGAGAUCUUGUUAUUCAAUCGUCAUAUUAUGGUUGCACGUUAGCGCUUAACGAAUAUGCUGGACCACCAAUUAUUGGCCAAGACAUACUUAAAAGCGCAUACGUGGUCGUCGACUUAGACAACAAAGAAGUUGCAUUGGCACAAGCAACAAAUUCUUCCGUGGAAGACAUUGAGGAUAUAGCUUCUGAGAUCCCUCUGGCUCUUGAAGCCCCACUCUACUCGUAUACCGAAGUUGCUGAGAAGUACUACUACUCUUACCACUCCUUGUACAAUGCGUUAUGGCAUACUUCCCUGUUUGACGUUCCAUCUCGGUCUUCUUACUCCACAAACACCGACAGCAGGUCUGUUGAUCUUGGAAGUACGACAUACAAACUCCUUUUUCCACAGGCAACUACCAAGUAUGACUAUGCGGCCUCAUUUUAUUCAUCAUAUGGCUACUAUGAUUACGGAGAAAUGUCAUAUGAUUUCUAUGUUUACUCAGACACCUCAGAUAUGUCAUCAGAAACCUCAUCAGAAAUUUUGGAGACUAGCGAAGCAAGUGCACGUUCUUCAUCUACAAGCUCGUUACCGGCUUCUAGCUCUUCUGCAGCCAGCAGUACUACGGAGGCAGGUAAUAAUCAACUGAGUGGCUCUGCUGGGACCACGGCAGUUUCAGUGCCCGCAGAAUCGUCAUCACUGGACAGUGGAUACAUCAUAAAGUGCCUGCCUUUCAUGCUUCUUCUUUUCUCUAUCCUUACAGUUUUCUGA